AUGAAGGAACGCAUCAAAGACCUUGUUGGUGACGGUCUGGAAAAGAAACUCAUCCUCGGCACAUUCCACUCCGUCGCUCGACGCUUUCUUGUAUCAUAUGGCAACUUGAUUGGCAUUAAGAAGAAUUUCGGUAUUGCCGACAUGUCGGACAGCAGAGCCAUCAUUACUCGCAUCAUCAAACGACAAGGCUUCUCUAUUGAACCAGCAAGUGCUGGAGCGAGGAUAUCCAGUCUCAAAGCCAAGAGUAUCAGUGCAGAGCAGUACGGCGUUACUCGCAAAGCCGCUGAGCAGGAGUUCAGUAUUGUCUAUGCCGAGUACGAAGAAGCCUUGCGAACAUCCAAUUUGUUGGACUACGACGAUCUACUCCUCCGUUGUGCCUUGCUUCUUCGCCAACAUCCGGAAUGUGUUUCCAACAUUGAGGCUGUUCUCAUCGACGAAUUCCAAGACACGAAUAGUGUACAAUUCGAACUUAUGUGCCUGUUCUCACAAUUCAAGAAGAAUGUCACCAUCGUGGGCGAUCCCGAUCAGAGUAUCUAUGGUUGGCGAAACGCUGAGAUCAAGAACCUUGAACGAAUGGAGAAGCGAUUUCCUGGCACGGAUGUGAUACACCUGGAAGAGAACUACAGAUCAGCAGGAGCAAUCCUUCAAUCAGCUCAGCAAAUCAUUGAGCAAGAUGAGAGCAGACCUGCCAAGGCUCUCAAGCCUACCUUCGGCAUUGGAGAUCGACCAGUUCUUCGCAAACUCCCUACAGCUGAUGCAGAGGCAAAAUGGCUUGUUUCAGAAAUUAGAAGAACGCAAGCGCUGAGUGCAGAAUUGCUCAAGCCCAACGAUUUCGCGAUUCUGCUCAGAUCUGCAGCUGUUUCCAGACAUAUCGAAUCAGCGCUCGGAAACUCUGGUAUACCAUAUCGCAUGGUCGGAGGAACCAAAUUNUUUGAUCGUAUCGAGGUCAAGAUGGUUUUGGACUACCUCCGUGUCAUCAAUCAGCCAGAUCACAACGACGCACUGCUUCGCAUCAUCAAUGUUCCGACGCGUGGCGUUGGCGAUGUUACUGUCAAAAGUCUAAUAGACGAGGCUGAGAGGAAAGGCAGUACCCUGUGGACGAUAGUCCUGAAUAUUGUUCAAAGCAAAGCACGAUCAGAUACGAAACUCUCCGCUCAGGGGUCGAAGGGAUUGACUGAUUUGGUCAACCUUGUUUUGACUGGUCAGAAGAAGAUUACAGGCACAGAGGAUCAACAAGCGUCUCCAUUCGAAUUGGUCGAAUACCUCAUCAAGAAGCUAGAUCUGUCCAAAUUCUUGCAGAAAAAGUACCCGGACGAUUACGAAACUCGAUGGGCCAACGUUGAAGAACUCAAGGCACAAACAGCAGACUUGACAUCAGCCAUGGCUCAAGGCGAGGCAUUUCUCGAGGAGGAAGUUUUGCCUGAUAUCGAGGGUCUGGAGCAACGACUUAUCAAUCCGAAUGAGGAUGCGCUGACCUUGUUUUUGGCAAAUAUUGCGCUUUCGAGCGAAGCGCAACGCAAAGAAGACGAGAAUCCUGACGAGACUCAACAGCACGUCACCAUAUCGACCAUACAUGCAGCAAAAGGUCUCGAAUGGCCUGUUGUCUUCAUCCCCGCUUGUUACGAAGGCUCAAUACCACAUUCCAGAGCCGACGACAUUGACGAAGAACGAAGAUUGUUGUAUGUCGGCAUGACCAGAGCUCAAGCUCUGCUGUACUUGAGCUGUCCCAACAAGAACAGUCAAUCUGGAGAAACAACUAUGUCUCACUUCCUCACGCAGAGAGGAAUAGAAGCUUUCUUCGAGACUCAGGGACCCAAGCUUUACGACGAUGCAGUGAUUGAGCUGGCAAGAACACUGAGAAGAGACAAGCCUGCUCUGAAGCAACUCAUUGACGCGCGUAGCACAUACGAAAAUCCUGAAGACGCCCAUUGGCCCAUAGAUGGCACUUUCCCUAAGAGCGAGAAUACAAGAUGGGACCAGGGCCGCGAGAUCGAAUUCAAAGAAGGGAUCUAUGCAAACAAGAGACGCAGAACGGACAACGAGCAGCAAAAUGGGCCUACAGUGCCGGUAGCUGGAUUCAUGCCUGCCUCGAAAGUCACUGUGCAGAACCCAGCAGGAUUCUCGACGGCAUCAAUGACAAUCUCACCAAAGAUCAUGACAGCUGCUUCGCGAAUGCAAGAGUUGAAUGCUGCUCAAGAGGAAGCCAGGCUGCGAGAUAUCGACGCUCGAAAAGCACCAGUCAAGAAGAACAAAGCAGCCGAAGGGUCUGCCAGCAUCAUGUCAUUCUUUGGCAAACCAAAAGCUGCCAGCACGGCACCACAAUCACUGGAAUUGACACGUACAUCCAGUGUCCCAGAGACGCAUGCGCCGUCCAAACUUCCAGCCUCCAUGCCUCGUCACGUCUCCAAUCCUCUCAACGACAUAUCAAAUCUCUCCUCUUCACGACCGUCGACAUACCAACAACAACCCGCCCUAAUUCCUCCACCAAAAGCAGCCCAAAUAUCGAAUUUCAAACUCCGCACCACACCUUUGUCAACAAAACCUACAUCUACGAAAAGCAGUGACAACGCUUCAACAGCUUCAAAACCGUAUACCUUUCUUUCCAGCCCUCCUCCAGUAGACCCACCAUCUUCUCCACCAGAAAACACAAAUGUGGGGAAUGGCAGAGGCGGAGGAGAAAAGCCAGAAGCUUUUAAACCGGCAACAACAUUCCAUGCUACCAGUGUUGCGCAGGUGGGCAAUAGAGUUGGCACCACACGCAGAUUGGGCAUGGGACGUAGUUUCAAGCCUUGGAGCGCUAGAGGCGGACGAGGUGGUUGA